AAGUUGGAGGUGGAAAUAAAAUUUACACAAUAACACAUUGCCGAGUUGUUUCUUACAUGCAGCAGUCUGCUCUAUUCACUAUUAAUUAAUUAAUUAAUCUAAUCACCUAAAUAAACGUUGAGUUUAUUUGCGAUUUAUUUAUUUUCACCAUGUCCUCUUCCUCCCUCCCUCUCGAACGAUUUUACAUCCAUCCUCACAACACUAUUUGCCGUUACUUUUCCCGUUCGUUUAACGUGUGGCGGACGCGGUUGAGUUGGAUGAUAAGGUCAAGAUCAGGGUGGGAAGCUGGCCUUAAUGAUUCGUCCACGGUGAGCGAAUGGUUCCAAGAUGCGAAGAACGAGUUGCUUGGCGAUUACGUGGCGUCAAUUUGGGGACUAAAGAAGACUUUGGCGCAAGUCAAGAAGGAUUGGGCGGUCGUGAUUAGUAGUCUUCCCCACUACUUGACUCUGGUGGAUGGUAAAAUGUAUCCUGGCCCGUUGGAUGGUUCCUGGGUGGCAGAUGACCUCGUGGACGUCGCCCUGACCCAGCGGCUCGUUGAGGAGGGAGCAGAAGUAGAAGAAAUCGCCAUUAAGGAGAAAAAUUGGCAGCCAGGGUCGGAGAAUCGUGUAAUCAACGUGAUCAGCCCCUACUUGUAUUGUUACUUAGCAGAGAGGGCGGGGAACGUUUUGAAAGAGCCUUUUAUCCCGAAACCACAAAAGGAUAUCUACGAUUACAAUCACCUCUUACAUUUCCACUCCGACAAAGUCGACAACUAUGCCUCCAGCCUUGACGUGAGGAUGGCAACGGCAGCACAAAUGCCCCCGGCUGAGAUGACAUGGCCAGCCAGGGAAUGGGACCCAUAUUAUCAAAUACUUCCCGCUGACGUUUCAAUCGACUCGGAUGGAACGUCACACUUCACGUCGUAUGUGAAUGGUCUAAAUCCAUCCGAGCAUGGGGACUUGUACGCAACUCUGGAGCAAGUUUUGAGCAAGAUGAUUCCACUGUUUGAAAAGACGCUGACCGAAAUCCGAGUCCAGAGACGGGAGGUUGAACAACCUCGGACGCGCAGUGAGAUUGCGAAGCAGGCAAGUCUUCCUCCUGCCGUCACCUUGGGCGGAAGGAAGAUCCAAGUCGUGGUUAGGAUGGCGACAACAAUUUUAACUCCGGACAAUCCGAGGCAUCCGGGCGGACGGUGGCACAUUGAGGGGAUGGCGAACGAACAAAUCGUCGCCAUUGGUCUGCACUACUUCUCCAAUGAGAACAUUACCAAGUCAAAAUUGCGUCUUGCUCCUACUCAGCGGGGAUGGGAUGGGGUUACGAACGCCUUUGAGGAUGGGAACAAUUCCUUCGCGAUCGAAUCGGUGCCGGGGAGGAGCGUUGUAUUUAAGAAUUCCAUCUCUCACCGUGUGGCUCCUUUUGAACUGGAUGAUCCCAAGAAAUCCGGACAUCUCAGAAUCCUUGCGUUUUUCCUUGUCGAUCCAGGUACUAGGAUUUUGUCCACAGCUCGCGUCCCAUGUCAGCAAUGGACGUGGUACAUCGCCCAAGUGAAGGAUGUCUUGGUGAACUUUUUACCUCCAGAAAUGGUCGAGCUCGUGGUCUCAUUUCUACCUCCGGGAGGAGAUAAGUAUUUGGACCCCGAGGAUGCGAAAUGUUUCCAGGAGCAGAUGCGAACUGAGAGGAUGGCACGAAUGACGGGAGAUACGUACUGAUCUAGCCUUCCAUAAACUUUUUACACGCCGGCAAAAUCACCGAGUGGAUAGCGGUGACACUAUUUUAUUAAAUUUAUUUACUCGUUAUUAUUGAUCAGAAUUGCAAUACUUAUACAAUUAGUUGAUGUUGAAUUUUUUACAUGUGUACAUAAAUAUAUAUAUGAACAUAUGUAAGUAUUAGGAAUGAUGAUGUGUAGUUGAAUAUACAGUUGAAAAAAAUUUACUCGUAUUUUAGAUCACAAUUUUUGCCUCGCUUAAUACUUUGUCACUUUUUGGCGAUUUCGUUGCUCGGUAAAUUUGUAACCUGGUCAUGUAUGUAUUCAUGAUGCAAGAAUUAAUUGAAUUUCUGGUAAAUAAAAUGGAUUAGUAAUUGUAA